AUGACGGACAAGGAGGGCGAUCGCGUCGUCUACCCCGAUGCGCCUCGUCCCGUGACUAGCCUAGGCGCGUCACUCGACGAGAUCAUCAAAAAUAGCCAGAAGAAGAAGAAGAAGGAGACGAAGAGAAAGAGAGACGACGACGGCGGCGGCGGCGGCGAUACCAACGCCAACGCCAACGCCAACGGCGACGCCAACGCUGACGGCAAAGCCAAAGCCACCGACGAGCCCAGCAGCAACUCCCAGAUUGCUGGCCCUGCCGAGGCUCCGGCAGCCAAGCGCCACGCCGCCACAGUACAGUCAGUCACCAGCAUGAGAGACUACUACUACAUCACCAGCGAGGAGGAGUACCACCGCGUGAUGAGCCGCAUCUUCGAACGUAACCUCCAAGCCAACAAUAACGUUUUUCAGUCUAUUGGGCUCCAGUUGAACAGCGCCAACUUGCGAGCGCAAAGGUUCGUGAUUUUUAACUCGAGAAUUCCUGCUACGGAGUUGGCAGAUAUCCAGCGCUUCCGACGUAGUCGGGCCGCCGAAGCUGCCUCGGCAGCGCUACAAGAGAGUGGUGGCAACGCCAGCUCCAGCUCCAACUCCAACACCCCUAACGCCAACACCACCACCGCCAACACUAACGCCAACACCACCACAACCACUCACCCCCGAGCCCGCGCCCGCGCCAACACGAGCGCCCCCCAUGGCGCCAGCUCUUCUCGUCGUGCAAAGCACAAGACGACGCGCGAGGAGCUUGACGACGACUUGGACGAGUACUUUCGCCUAGCCCAAGAAGAAGACGAGUAG